CUGGUUUCUGGUAAAGGUUCUGGAGUUUGGAGACGGGGUCGGCUUACGGGAAAAGUCUGUUGAGUCUCAUUUAGAGUAUGUGAGCUGCAGUGAGAGUGAGUACAACGACAUCAACUGUGUUUUUGGCUAGCCUACUACAUUUAAGCGAGAGCUAGGGGGAAAGGGGCAGGAAUGGCAGACAUACGGAAGAAACUAGUCGUGGUGGGGGACGGCGCAUGUGGGAAGACAUGUCUACUGAUUGUUUUCAGCAAAGACGAGUUUCCCGAGGUGUAUGUCCCGACUGUGUUUGAGACCUAUGUGGCGGACAUAGAAGUGGAAAACAAGCAAGUCCAGCUAGCUUUGUGGGACACAGCGGGGCAGGAGGACUACGACCGGCUGCGCCCUCUCUCUUAUCCGGACACUGAUGUCAUUCUGAUGUGCUUCUCCGUGGACAGCCCGGACUCGUUGGAAAACAUCCCUGAAAAGUGGAUCCCUGAAGUCAAACACUUCUGUCCGAAUGUGCCAAUUAUAUUAGUGGCCAACAAGAAAGAUCUGCGCAACGACGAGAACGUAAAGAACGAGCUGUCCCGGUUGAAGCUGGAGCCUGUGAAAACAGAGGAUGGCCGGGCCAUGGCCAUGCGCAUUGGCGCAUAUGACUAUUUGGAGUGCUCUGCCAAAACCAAGGAGGGGAUCUGGGAGGUUUUCGAAACCGCAACACGGGCAGCCUUACAAAAACGAAAAACUACAUCAAAAAGUUGUCUCAAAUGCUGUGUUUUGAUGUGAAUCGACCCCGUCUGGAAAACAGUGACGCACAGACUAGACGUUUCCAUCGCUGGGAUCUGUGUCUGACCAUGUAGGCUGUGGACAGUGACUAGUUUGGAUACUCCCUUGUGAUCAGACGACCUUCGUUAAACCAAAACGAAUGACUACAAACAAGUUGUUUUGAACACACUCGAUAAUCAAACCGGGUUUUGUGCGUGUAAUGCACUGGUUGCAGAAUCUUUGUGGGUCACAUAAACCCAGACUUGCAGGCGGAGACGACAAACCGCUACAUUUCAAUGGACGCCUUAUUGAUAUCCUUCUAAAUGUAGAUAUGGCUUUUCCAAAGGACUGCUUUCAGCCAAUAUUUAAAUUGCUCACUUUUUUUGUGUUUCAAAGUGUUUGCAUAGGCUAUGGCCUUACUGCCAAGGUUAUACUUUGUAGCCUAAUAAGCAAAGCAGUAAAAAAUUGCACUGUUAUUUAUGUCCACUUUGUAUUGUAAAACAACUGUAUUCAGUUUGGGACUUUGCACAUCAUCUGAAUACUACAGUCAUUCACAGAAAGUGAAUUCAUGAAAAAGCCAGAGUCCAUGCAAGGAUGCCCAUCUUCUAAUGUUUUACGCCAUUUUGAAUAAACGCAUUAAGUUUACAUUCAAAACAAUCAGUUGUCUCAGGUUUGUUGGUUGGAACCACAUCCAUUAAGUAUGUUUUUCACUCCACAGUAUUAAGUUGAGGAGUUUUUAAAUGCAACAGACCAAAUACCACCACAGGUCUAAGAGGCUACACACUGGCCAGUCUUAAAGGUCUAACCUUGUCCAGUGUCGUUUUCAGGGAGAUGUUUUGUUGGAUAAGUUCACAAAUGGGUACCAGAAAUAUAUUUUAUAAGUUUGCUAAGCAUGCUUCUACCCCAAAAUGUAUCUUUGCAGGUGUGGUUUUGAUUUUUUUUCAUUCAUGAAAGGGGUGCUUUUUGGACAUAACAAUGAAGGGAAAAGUUGUGCGCAUAAAUUGUAGCCUGUACAUUUUUACAACAAGCAAAGAACAGGAAAUGUUUUUUUUCCUUACAGCUCACCUGAAACAAAUCAUUUACCAUCUCACCAUGUUUCUGAAAUCUAGGUCUACCUAUCUCGGACGCUGGUACAUCUCACUUGUCUCAAAGACUUCGAAGACCUGUUUGACAUUUUCUAAUUACAGCUUUACUUACAGUUAUGUGGGUGACAUUUCCAAGAGAAGACUGAGCAUGUGAGAUGGUUUUGCUUUGCUUUUGUGGAACAGAUUUUCUUAGAAAGUGUCAUGAAAAGAAGAGCAGGCUUUGUCAGAGCUCUCUGCUACUGGCUCUAUGACCCAGUAGCACACUUUCAUUUGGAAUUAAGCCAUUUUAUGAUAAUUAAAAUAUUUGAUGGACAUAUAUGUUAAUAAAACCAGUCUAAUAAUAAUUACCAAAACUUAAACAAAAGGGUAACCCUUUAAACUGAAACACUAGACGUGUUGUCCUCUUACACAAUGGUGGGAGAACCUGUUCAAAUGACAACUAUGGCCAUCAAUUACAGAGAACGGCUGUUGCUACACUGGGAAUCCAAUGGAAAACCUGGUGGAUUUACUAUGGGAUUUAUUCCUUUAGUGAUAACUGGAGACUAGAAAGCUCAAUCUUGCAUUAAAAUGUAAUUUUUCUGUGGUUUCAAAAGCAGCCAUAGUAAAGAUAAAUCAGAAUUUAAAAGAGAAGCUUUUAUAAAUCCAACCAGAGUUACCAUGGUGUAAAAGUCACAUUCCCCCCUGCCUUCUGUUGCUGGGCUUUUUGCUGACUUACAGGACAGGAAUGCAUUGUGCUGGACUGGUUAAUUUUCCCACACUGGCCCCCCCUCAUGUGCCUCUGAUUUCAAAUAUUAAGUUAUUAUUCACCAAUUAGACAGUGCAGUUUUCCUCCUCGUCUUUAUUUUACUUCUUAUUUUUAGAAGAAAAAAAUCUAUGGAAUCCUGGAGACGGAAAAUGUGCCAAAUGUAGGCUACUUGUUUUUUUAAGAGUUCAUCAAACUAUGACCACAUUAAUGUAAUGACAAAAUUUCUAAGUUUGAAUGGUAGAUUGGGAACAAUGGACAUUUUUGUGAGGAAAAUCAAUCCAGAAUGUAAGGGAACAAGUGGUACUGUUUUGGUAAAGUCAAUAAAGCAAUCAGUGUGUGUCACCACCUCUA